GAGCUUUUAGAAGGCAUUCUUCCAGAGAGCCUACCACAUCUUUAUCGAGAUGCAGCUUGUUUUGUUCGGAAACUUGGUGUACGUUAUCUCUGGAUAGAUGCUCUCUGCAUCAUUCAAACGGGAGAUGGCUUGGCCGACUGGCGACACGAGUCGACCCUGAUGGAUAAGGUGUAUUCUCACGCAUUCUGCAACUUGUCGGCUCUGUCUGGACUGGACAGUUCAAAUUCCCUAUUUACAGGCGGGACGUCGAUUCUUGCCGACCACCACUUAACCACUAAGUCAAAGCACCCACUUUUAGGCACCCCCCCCUUUUGGGCACCCCAACAAAACAUAGCAUCUGUUGGUAUCCCUAUUAUAGGGUAG